AUGUCACCGCUGAAGGCGCUGCGAGGCGCGGGAAGGCGGAGCCGCGGCUCGCCCAUAAAUGCGAGGCUCGGCGUUCAGGGCGAUCCGCGGGCGGCGAGCGGCGCUGCCCUGAGCGCCUGUAGCUGCGCCCCCGCGCACCCGCAGCAGCUGCUGUGCGAUGCUGCCCUCGUGAUCCGAGCAAAAAUAUCCAGUGAAAAGGUGGUUCCUGCCAGCGAUGAUCCCCUUGAUACCCACAAAAUGAUCCGGUAUGAAAUCAAACAAAUAAAGAUGUUUAAAGGAUUUGAAAAGCUCAAGGAUGUCCAAUACGUCUACACCCCUUUUGAUUCAUCACUCUGUGGAGUGAAACUAGAAGCCAACAACAAAAAACAGUAUCUUCUAACAGGCCAAAUUUUAAGUGAUGGCAAAGUGCUGAUCCACUUGUGCAACUACAUUGAGCCGUGGGAUGAUUUAUCCUUGUCUCAGAAGAAGAGCCUGAACCAGAGGUACCAGAUGGGCUGUGGCUGCAAGAUCACCACGUGCUACAUGGUGCCCUGCUCCAUCACGGCCCCCAACGAGUGCCUGUGGACAGACUGGCUGAUCGAGAGGAGGCUCUACGGGCACCAGGCCCGUCACUACGCCUGCAUCAAGAGGAGCGAUGGCACCUGCAGCUGGUACCGAGGGGGGCCUCCCCCAGAGAAGGAAUUCAUCGACAUCAGCGAGCCCUGAAGCGCUCUCCGGCCCUGCAAACGCGACCCUGGGGGGCUCAGCGGCUCUGAGCUGCCGUGGUCUCGCCUAUCUUGCUUAGAAACAAACACCAGUUGUCCCCAAAGAGUCGGGGGGUUGGCGCUGGUGCAGGACGAGGGACAAACCUCCUGCUCUGCUCUGCUGUGCUCUGCACAGAGGGCUGGCACUGUCCUCCAAGUUCCCUUUUUGCCAAUAUGAAUGUACGAGAACAAAAGAGUUGCCAGAAUUUUCCCCCCCCCCCCCCCCCCAUCCCAAAAUUUGAUAACCUGCAGAUUAAGAGCUCCCCGUGUUUUAUUCCAAAUCUUUCCGAUGAACUGCGGAAUGUUUUAUAGAACUGUUUCUUGGGGUUUUUUUCUGUAUGAAAGUCUUGGAUACGAAAGAAUUAUUGUACAGUGUAUAUGUAAAGUAUUAUAACAAUGUGCUAUUAAAAAAAACAAAAAAAAGGAUUCACAAAUAUUUCCUUAUCUGUCGAAAUGAGUUGAACACUUCUGUGAUUAAAACAAUCUGUGCUCCACAUUUUGUAUGUUCCUUAUGUCACAGCUUCCUUUACCCACAGAGUUGUAACUUCCAUCGAUAGAUAAAUUAAGAAACAGCUUUGAUAAUCAAAACCCCCUUCCCAAGUCAGCAUUCCUAUGGACUAACCAGAGCUUGCUGAAGGAAAAGCCAGAUUUUUAAGCAUUAAUCCAUGGAUUUUAGCAUUGCAUGGAAUAAGUUCCAAGCCCAAAGGAUGACAGGCUCAAAGUGCUCAGAACUACAAAAACCACGUCCAUCCUCAGGGCAGCUGCAGCCCUUAACACCUCCCUAAAUACAUGACCAGGUAUUUGUACCUCAGCACUGUUCAAACUUUAGAAACUCACGUGAAAGUACAUGCAAUAAAUAUCGCCUAGCUUACACUGCAGUGAUUUCUGGAAGCUCCCAGAUUUUUGACCAUGUUUAAUAGGAUUGAAUUCGUUUUCAUUCACGAGCACCCACCAUACUCUCUCAAUGAAUCUGGCUACCUGUGAACUCAAACUAGAGAAGGGUUACAACACAUUUUGCCUGUAACUUUUUUCGUGACUUAACUUUCCCGAAUUGGUGACUGGAGUUAGUAACUAAUCCCUCACACACGUUUUUAAGUUUAUAAAAGUAACUCAAUUCACAGUGGUGAAACUUUGGGAAGUGAAAAUGCCAAAGUUCAGACUAUUUGUGCCCCACAAGAAAGGGGGAGAGCCCUUGGGCAGGAUGGGAAUCUCCAGUAGCUGCCCUUUUUGACAGACUUUACUAUCUAAAGGACAGGAUAUGCUCUUCUGAGAAAAAAAGAUUUAUUUUCUCUGCAAUUAAGUUUAUGCAUUUCCAGUGAAAUGCAAAUGGUGCAAGGCCAACAGGAAAACAUGUCACUAUUACUUUGAGGAAUAUGUGUCCUGUAAUAAAUAAAAGCCAAUGUUUCACUUUUGAUCUACUGUAAA